AUGGCAACUGCUUCACUAACUCCAAUUUUCUCAUCUCCAAAAUCUCCACUCAAAACCUCAAAAACAACAACAUUAACAACAACAACAGCAACAGCAACAGCAACGUUGGACCAACAUAGAAACCAGGUUAUUUUGAGGAGACAAAUCUUGAAAGGACUAGUGUUGUCUCCUUUAAUUUUGAUUAAAGAACCCCCAAGUUCUGAAGCUAGAGAGGUUGAAGUUGGUUCUUACUUGCCACCUUCUCCAUCAGACCCUUCUUUUGUUCUCUUCAAAGCCAGCCCAAAAGACACCCCUGCUCUUCGUGCUGGAAAUGUUCAACCUUACCAGUUCAUCCUCCCACCGAGUUGGAAGCAAACACGAGUAGCAAAUAUAUUAUCUGGUAAUUACUGCCAACCUAAAUGUGCAGAGCCCUGGGUUGAGGUGAAGUUCGAAGAUGAAAAGCAAGGAAAAGUCCAGGUGGUGGCUUCUCCUUUGAUCCGCCUGACCAACAAGCCUAAUGCAACCAUUGAAGAGAUUGGAAGCCCGGAGAAGUUGAUUGCCUCUCUUGGCCCAUUUGUUACAGGAAACUCUUAUGAUCCUGAUGAGCUCUUGGAAACAAGAAUUGAAAAACUCGGUGAUCAGACGUAUUACAAGUAUGUUCUUGAGACACCAUUUGCUUUGACGGGAACACACAAUCUGGCAAAAGCAACAGCAAAAGGAAGCACUGUUGUGUUGUUUGUAGCAAGCGCAAAUGAUAAACAAUGGCAAGCAUCUGAGAAAACUCUAAAAGCCAUUCUUGAUUCUUUUCAAAUUUAG